AUGCUUCACGUUGAUAUGAACUUACCCGUAUCCAAGGAUAUCCUUCUGCCACUCUCAGAGCCUCUGCUUGAAUCUGACUCAGUGCUCUCUUCUUCGUCCUCCUCUACGUCAGUUGCUUCUGACCAUUUGGACUAUAUUUCUUCUUUCCAUGUAAGUGCUUCCAAUCUCAGCAGACAUUCAGAUAGUGUAUUUGAAUCAUUUAAUGAGGCACUUUCUCAAAACUCAAGCAUUACUAUGCUUCCAAAUUAUGAUAUCAGCCCAACAGGAGAAGAAUCAGGAGACUUUUUGGUGAUUGAUUUGGGUGGAUCUACACUUAGAGUGGCCGUUGUAUCUAUUGACCCAAGGAGUGCUAAUAAGGCUACUGUUGUUAUUGAAAAGAAAUGGCUUGUUGAGAACAGUUUCAAGUUGGUAGACUUGAAUUUUUUCAAGUGGAUAUCAGCAAAAAUUGUGGAAACAUUAGGUGAACAAUCGGUUCUUUCCACAAAAUCUGUAUUAAAGACUGGUAUUACCUGGUCAUUCCCAUUAGAUCAAACAUCUUUUAACAAAGGAAGAAUUCAAGUUAUGGCUAAAGGUUACACUGUAUCCCCUGACGUAUACAACAAGGAUUUGAAAGAUCUUUUAGAAUCAACAAUGAAAGAAUCUUACGAUAUUGACGUGGAUGUUAGAGCUCUUGUUAACGAUUCCUUGGCUGUAUAUGCAGCAGGUGCUUAUUUGGAUAAGUAUAUGAAGCUUGCUAUUGUUCUUGGGACUGGUCUCAACAUGUGUUGUUCGCUUAAGACUUCAGAUAAGUUCCAUGAACACAAGACUUUAAACCAAGAACCUGCAGUUCUUCUUAACAGUGAACUCUCAUUAUUUGGUCAUCAAUUAAUCCCAGAUAUCUGUACAAAGUAUGACAAACUCAUUGAUAGUAGAUUAGAUGCUACUGUUUCUGACCUUGGUUUCAUUCCAUAUAUGGAAUUACCUGAAUCAAAACGUAAAAUAUUACAACCUUCAGAACUCACUACAAGUGGAAGAUACUUACCUGAAAUUACAAGAUUGAUUCUUGUAGAUAUGAUUAAAAAUCACGAGAUUUUAAAUAAUAUUCCAAAGAAGUCUAUUCAGCAUCUUUACAAUGCAUAUGACGGGUUUUCUGGAGAAGUGAUGUGCUUCAUUAGUGAAAACAAUGAUGAAGUACUUAUAAAAGAAAAACUUCAAUCCGUUUACGGUUGGGACUCUGAAUGUGUUCUGUAUGAAGACAUUUACAAGAUUAGAACUGCAAUUCAAGCAGUAAUUACUAGAGGUGCAUACAUUGUUGCCAGUAUGAUCAUUGCAUCGAUUAAACUUAUUUCACACCACAACGGGCAAAUAAACCAAGGCCCUGGCCCUCAAAAGCUUCACAUUGGAUUUGUGGGAUCUGUUCUUGAAUAUUUCAAUGAGUACAGAGAGUUGAUCUUGAAGUUUAUUCGGGAGAAUGAAGACAUACAAAAAAUGGACAUAUUUGUCGAUUUCAAGUUCGUUGCCCACAGUUCCAUAGUAGGAGCUGCCGUGGGUGCUGCUUACUACAGUAGCAGCUCAUAA